AUGAUAAAAUUUAAAGGCAAAUCAUCUAUGAAACAAUACAUGCCUAAAAAACCAAUUAAACGAGGUUAUAAAUGCUGGUGUCGUUGCGAUUCUAAAACUGGGUACCUCUAUCAGUUCCAAAUUUAUACAGGCAAAACAGAUAAUACAGCUGAAGAGGGAUUAGGGUGUAGAGUUGUUUUGGAUUUAUGUCAAAAUGUUCCAGAAGAUACUUUCAUAGUUUUUGAUAAUUUUUUUACGAGCCUGCCGUUGCUGGAGAUUUUGUAUUCAGAGAAGAUAUAUGCUGUAGGAACCAUUCGAGCGAACAGGAAGGGAUUGCCACCAGAAAUUAGCAAGCAAAACAAAGAUCUAAAACUGAGUCCUGGUGAGUUCAUCUUCAAAUAUUCCAAUCCUAUUGCAUGCAUUAAAUAG